UGUACGUAUAUGGUUAUGUACGUCUAUUUUUUUACGAAAAAGAAUAUCUUUUUUAUAGCUUUUUUUAAACUUCAAUGCAAAAUAAAUUAAAAUAGAACAAUGUUGUACAUUUUAUGUAAUGUUCAUCGUAUGUCAACUAAUCAUAAAGUUUUAACUAGAGCUAAAGUAUUAUGUUCUAACCUUUUAUUGUUUGCGCGUUGCAAAUCAGAUAAUAGCAUGGUUGUUAGUAUUGGUGAAGUUUCAAAAGUGGUGAAGGUACCACGAAACCCUGAAUAUGUGCCUAGAAAGUAUUUGUUAAAUACAUCUACUCAAAAUGAGGACGCAUCAACGUUGAGACAUUUAAAAUGGAUGCUCCAAAAGGAUAUUUUGUCUCAAGAUAUCUUUUUAAUUGGAGGACCAGGAACUAGACGAAGAAAAUUAGCUCUUGCUUUCCUUGAGUUUACAGACCGUGAAGUAGAAUUUAUAGCACUUUCAAGAGACACAACAGAAGCAGAUUUAAAACAACGCAGAGAAAUAAAAAGUGGUACUGCCUAUUAUCAUGAUCAAAGUGCUGUAAGGGCUGCAACAAAUGGAAGGAUUCUCAUUAUUGAAGGUGUUGAGAAAGCUGAAAGAAAUGUACUUCCUAUUUUGAAUAAUUUAUUAGAAAAUCGUGAGAUGCAUUUGGAGGAUGGAAGAUUUCUUAUUCCUGCAGCACGUUAUGAUAAGUUAUUGAAGACAUACAGUCAAGAAGAAUUAGAUAGUUGGAGACUUGUUAGAGUUAAUGAAGAUUUUAGAGUUAUUGCAUUGGGCAUGCCAGCACCAAGAUAUCCUGGCCAUCCGCUUGAUCCACCUCUCAGAUCUAGAUUUCAAGCUAGACAUAUCUCAUCUCCAAGUUUUGAAGAGCAAUUGAGCACGUUGAAAAAUUUAAUUACGCACGGCGACACUGCGAGAUUGAAGCAGCUGUUAUCAUGCUCGCAUGCUUUCGUCACGCAAGAAGCUGUGUCCCUAGGUCUUCCGGAUUUUCCGCUGGACAAUUUGACAUCCGUCGUUACUAUAAUGGAUAAGUGUCCAUACCUGUCGGUGUACGAUAUAUUUUAUAGAUGUUAUCCGUAUAAACUGUUUCUGGCGAAAGAGGGCCAAUCGGCCGUCGAGAGUAUCCUCGAAACUUUUAAUAUACCGCAACCGACGACGAACGAUGUUAUAAUUUCAAACGUAGGCAGGAAAAACGAAAGAGAAAAUUUCGUGGAUGUCAGUGUAAAGCAUCCUACUGGAGAAGUAGGGUUAAACGUUUCUUGCGGCACCAAAGGGUUAAACAAAAGAUCACGAGAUAACAAAUACGUAGAAACGAAUUAUCAGAGUAAUUUAUUGGCGAAUUUGUUGGAGUCACACCUUGUUUCCGACAUUUGUCUGAUCGGUCCGAAAGGAUGCGGGAAAUCGAUUACUGUACAAACGUUAGCCAAUUUACUGGGAUACGAAGUCGAACCGGUAGUGUUGUAUCAGGACAUGACGUCUAGAGACUUGAUACAACAGCGCACAACAUUGUCCAAUGGCGAUACGGUUUGGAAAAAUUCACCGCUGGUUGACGCAGCCUUGCAUGGAAAAUUGGCUAUAUUGGAUGGAAUUAAUAGAAUCGAUCCCAGCACUCUGGCCAUUUUACACAGAUUGGUUCACGAUCGAGAGUUACAGUUGCACGAUGGCAAAAGACUCGUCAGGGCGGACCGUUACGACGAGAUAAAGGAGAAGCACAGUAAAUCCGACGCGGAACUGCAAGAAUCGGGUGUGUUGCGCAUUCACCCAUCGUUUCGAAUUAUAGCCUUAGCUGAAUCACCGGUCCUCAACACGUCGUCGAGGCAGUGGUUGAAUUCAGAGUUGCUCAGCUUGUUCCUUUUCCACGAAAUGAGGCCGCUCACCAAAUCGGAGGAGCUUCAUAUCGUUCGAUCGAAGUACGGGGAGCCUUCCGCGGCGUUAUUAAACAUUCUGGAAUUGGCGCACGUGCUGCGAUCCUCCAGCGAUCCAACUUUACAAUCCUUGGCCAGCUUCCUCAGUACGAGACAGCUUCUGAGGAUAGCAGAGAGGAUGCACAGGUUUCAAACUGACGAUGCUUACGACGCGGUGCAGCGCGCCUGUCUGGCUCGUUUUUUGCCAACGAUAGCGAAACAAGCGUUGAACGAUUGUUGCAAUAACGUGAACGUCGUUCCGACGAGAAGCACGCCGAACGUGAGCGUCAAGUGUCAAAUUAAUGGAAACACCGUGCAAAUUGGCGACACGGUUGUCGAACGAUACAACACGACAGCAUUGACGAAAGUACCUGACGUUUUGUUUUACGACGUGCCGCAGCACGUUGCAUUGCUGGAGAAUCUGUUGCAAGACUUCAGUUUGGGACAGAAUCUGUUGCUAGUUGGGAAUCAGGGUGUCGGCAAAAAUAAAAUUAUCGAUCGAUUGUUGCAACUUUUAAAUAGGCCGCGUGAAUAUAUACAGCUACACAGGGACACCACUGUUCAAACUUUGACUCUUCAACCAAUGGUUAGGGAUGGAAAAGUGGUGUACGAAGACUCGCCGCUUGUGCAGGCUGUUAAAUUGGGACACGUGCUUGUCGUUGAUGAGGCGGACAAAGCUCCAACCCAUGUCACCUGUAUUUUAAAGACUUUAGUCGAAUCUGGUGAAAUGAUAUUGUCGGAUGGAAGACGUAUAGUAUCCUCCUUAAAUUCCGGUGAAAGAAAUUCCAAUAAAAUAUUGCUUCAUCCAGAUUUCAGGAUGAUAGUGUUAGCAAACAGGCCCGGUUUUCCAUUCUUAGGAAAUGAUUUCUUCGGUGCAUUGGGCGAUUUAUUCAGUACACAUAUAGUCGAUAAUCCGAGCGUUGAAAAUGAAAUUCAACUUUUGAAACAAUACGGCCCGAACGUAGAUGAAAAAGUGAUAUUUAAACUGGUGAAAGCUUUUGGCAAAUUACGAAGCAUGGCCGAUCAAGGAUUGGUUUCGUAUCCAUAUUCUACUCGCGAAGUUGUCAACAUUGUAAAGCAUUUAGAGAAAUUUCCUCAGGAACCGUUAGCUAAUGUGGUGCGGAACGUGUUCGACUUUGAUCGAUAUAGCGAAGAAACUUUUAACACUUUAGUAUCUGUAUUACACGAUCAUGGGAUCCCCAUUGGGACAGGUCCUACCAAUAUCGCGUUAGCGAAAGAAAUGUCUUUACCGGAAAGCAAAAUCAGUGCUAUCUGGAAUUUUUCCAGUAAGCAAGACGUGCUGCGCGUGCAAGAAAAGUAUAUUAAAUUAAAAUCACCGAUAAGUUUAGAACAAAAGAUUUUGCCUCUAGAUCGCGUUGAGGCUAGAUCAACUUUAUUUACCGAAUUACAAAGUUAUUGGACCGUGCCAAUUAGUGACACUGCCGUAGUCGCCGGACUGUCAGUUAACCUUGGAACAAAGGGCGAUGGAACGGACGAUGUGAUUAAUGUUCUUGUUACGAAUCCAUUAAAGAUAUUUAGUAUAAUUCAAGAAUCAGAUAGGAUUCAAGAAACUGCGUUACAUGGAUUGAUAAACUCUACAGGAGGUAAUAGACUUCGAUUCACAAUGGUGACUGAUAGCAAUCAAAAUGUUUUAGUGUACGAAGAAACAAAUAAUGUUCUGUUAGUAGUGAAUUUAAACGAUGGAUCCGUUCAAAAGGUAGAAAUACUAUCUUUCUUCGAUGUAGCAUCGAGUAAAAUAUCAAAUGCUUUGAGAAAUAUAAGUUUUCAUCGAAGAAUGAUGCCUGAUUUGUUAAAGUCUCACAAUCAAAUCGUUUUCUACGUGUAUAAUUCUAACAAGAUAGAAGUAAUCGACUUAAACCGCAUGUGUUUUUACACGAUGAAUUUGCCAUUCGAAAUACAGUCAAUUUUACUUCCAUCAGAGAAAAAAUGGUUGAUUCAAGCUAGCAAUAAAAACAAAUAUAUUCUCAAGAAAUCUACAGAUUCGUCACCGUGUCCAAAUGUUUUGCAACAAGUGGAAGAAUCUAGCAAAAAUAGUUCCGAAACUGAUUUAUUCCUUGGUUGCACUGGUAGCAACUUGAGCAGUAAUGCACUCAGUGCUGCAUUGAAACAGAAAAUAGAUUCUCCAAAUAGAUUGCUAGUAUCUGACAACAUUUAUGCCAGUAUUGCUGUUGGAUUUCCUGAUUUAGAUAGUUUCAACGAACUUCAUUGUUGGCCGAGACCAAAACAGAUUAGAAGCUCUAUACCACCUGUUUUUAUGAACAACGGACAAGUUAUUAGAUUGGUUACAUCUCGUGAAGUUCCUGAUGAUGUUACUCCAAACAUUGAGACAAAUUUAGGAAUCAUUGGUUAUUUAGAAAUUGUUGAUAUCGUAAAUCAGAAGCUACGAUACAUACCUGUACCAAAAUCACCUAACGUGCCGCAAAUAACUCAAUUCUUGUAUCCAAGCAAGAAUCAUUUGUAUGUUUCGCCUAAGUCAAAUCAUGAUCUUGUAACGGUAGAUGCGAGUGGUUGCGUCCGUCUUUGGGAGACGUCAUUAGCGAAUAUUGCAAAAUCACUUGGAGUUUGGCGAAGAAUGUUAGGAAACGAUAACGAAAACUUGCAAAUGACUAAAGAAAGGUAUUCCGGAUUAGACGUUAGUGGUCCUAAACAUGGGAGAAUCGAUGACAAGAAUGAACCGCAUGUUGGAGGUAAUACAUGGGCAGGAGGAACCGGAGGGAGAGAUACAGCAGGUCUAGGUGGGAAGGGUGGACCUUAUCGCUUGGAUGCUGGUCACACGGUGCAUCAACUUAGCGAUGAAGAGAAGAACGCGAUACCGGAAUACAUAAAGAAGGCAGCGAGAGAAAUGGGUCUUAAAGCGUUUCAGCAGCGAUUAAGAGAAAUUAAUAUGAGUGAAUAUGAUCAUAAAUUGUACUCGCAGUUUAGUGACGCUGUUCAAAAGCAGGUUAAAGCGCUAAGAACUAUAAUAGAUAGCCUGCAGGCAAAAAGUAAAGAACGUCAGUGGUGCAGGCACCAAACUUCCGGAGAAUUGGACGAUACGAAAUUAAUCGAAGGAUUAACAGGGGAAAGAACGAUUUAUCGAAGAAGAGCAGAGAAAGAGCCCGAGCUCGGCGCUCCACCGACAAAACCGAAGCGUUUAAAAUUAGUGGUGGACGUUUCUGGUAGCAUGUACAGGUUUAAUGGCUAUGAUGGACGUCUUGAUCGAGAAAUGGAAGCUUGUGUCAUGGUAAUGGAGGCGUUUAGUGGCUACGAAGGGAAAUUUCAAUACGAUAUCGUUGGUCAUUCAGGGGAUGACUAUGAUAUAGUUUUCGUAAAGCACACUCAACCACCGGUGAAUAACAAGCGCAGAUUAGAAGUAAUACAGAGGAUGUAUGCACACUCGCAAUUUUGCUUGUCUGGUGAUAAUACUUUAGAAGCAACUCGACAUACGAUCGCGAGCCUAGCGAAAGAGGACGCCGAUGAGUGUAUCGUUAUUGUACUUUCGGAUGCCAAUUUUGAACGCUAUGGUAUUCGCCCUGAGAAAUUUGCAAAAAUUCUCACAUCAAAUCCAGAUGUUAAUGCAUUUGCUAUAUUUAUCGGAUCCUUAGGUGAUCAAGCUUUUUAUUUAACCAAGAAUAUAACUGCGGGACGUGCGUUUGUCUGCAUGGAUCUCAAGGAUAUACCUCGAAUUUUACAACAAAUAUUUGCUGCUUCUUUGUUAAGUACUACAAGGGCAAGUUAAUGCUGGUGUAAAAUAUUUAUUGGUGUAUUAUCACUGGUGUAAAAUAUUUUGUACCAUUUUAUAAAUAUUUAUAAGGAUAAAUGGCCAAGAAACGCAUUCUAUAUAUUUACGGUGUUGUUAUUAUUAAAUUAUAUAUACUUUUGCGAUGGAAUUUGUUCUAUCAAAAUAUCAAAGCAAUUUAUUUUCACAUUAAAAUUAGCGUUACUAAGUUAGUUCUAUUACCUUUCUUGUCAUAAUUAUUUAAAAAUAUUGGAAAAUAGUCACUAAUUUAAAUGACGAUAAUACGUUUCUAAAUGUUGGUAUCAUUGCAUCUUCCAAAUUUGAACAUCUAGUGAUAGUAGAACUACGACUCUUAUCUGAAUAAUUGAAAGUAAUUCAAAAACAUUCUAUACAUUCUAUAAAUACCACCACUAAUGUAAAACAAUUUAUCUAAUAUAAUCAAUUAUGUAUA